GGAUCGUAGGCGGUUGAGUUUGGAGGAACGAUUACGCAAAUGAAAUGAAAGGAAACUCGAGUGUAGACUUACUUCAGCUAUUAUUGUAGACUAACUAACUACGUUUAUUUAUUUCAUUUCUCAAUUGCAAAAAUAUAUAUAUUCAAAGAGAAGAAGAAGAAGGUGCGAGCAGAGCGAAGCGAAAAUGGCAUCGGAGUCGGGUCAAAGUUCUAAUCCUUCUUGGUUUACGCCUAAAAGGCUUCUUAUGAUAUUUUGUAUCAUUAACAUGCUAAACUAUGUGGAUCGAGGAGCUAUUGCCAGUAACGGUGUAAAUGGAAGUCUUGCAACUUGUACUGACUCCGGUAUUUGUACUGGUGGCAGUGGAAUUCAGGGGGAUUUUAACUUGAACAAUUUUCAAGAUGGUGUUCUGUCAUCUGCAUUUAUGGUUGGACUCCUAAUUGCUUCUCCAAUAUUUGCUUCUCUGGCCAAAAGUCACAAUCCAUUUCGGCUUAUUGGUGUUGGAUUGUCUGUUUGGACAUUUGCGAUAGCUGGAUGUGGUAGUUCGUUUGAUUUUUGGUCUAUUGCAAUAUGCCGAAUGCUAGUUGGGGUAGGUGAAGCUUCCUUCAUAAGUCUUGCAGCACCAUUCAUAGAUGACCAUGCCCCUGCUGCACAGAAAACAGCAUGGCUUGCUACGUUUUAUAUGUGCAUACCAGCUGGGACUGCUCUGGGCUAUGUUUAUGGUGGAUUUGUUGGAAGUCAAUUUAACUGGCGUGUAGCAUUCUGGGUUUUGGCAAUUUUGAUGCUUCCUUUUCCCAUUUUGGGUUUUGUAACGAAGCCUUUGCAAUUGGAAGGUUUUGCACCCUUGGAAUCCAAACACACACCAACGUCUAUUGAAACAAAUGAUUCAGAAACUGGAGGUGAUGACAUGCUUGCUGAAGAUCAAGCCUUGCUAAGAGGAUCCAAGUCAACAUCCAAAUUGUGGGAUCAAUUCACCAUCUUUUCAAAAGAUAUACAGGAGCUCUUGCAUGACCAAGUGUAUGUUGUAAAUGUUCUAGGGUACAUAUCGUACAAUUUUGUUAUUGGAGCUUAUUCAUAUUGGGGCCCAAAGGCAGGAUACAACAUUUAUCAUAUGAGUAAUGCUGACUUGUUGUUUGGAGGCAUGACAAUUGUUUGUGGGAUUUUGGGGACAUUAGCUGGAGGCUUGUUUCUUGACAGGAUAUCUUCAACAAUCUCUAAUUCUUUCAAGCUUCUUUCUGGAGCAACAUUUCUCGGAGCAAUCUUCUGCUUCAUUGCUUUUCUUUUCAAGAGCUUGUCUGGUUUCAUAGUCUUCUUCUCUAUGGGUGAACUACUGAUUUUUGUCACUCAGGCUCCUGUAAAUUAUGUCUCUCUCCGAUGUGUAAAACCUAGUUUGAGACCACUGUCUAUGGCUGUAUCUACAGUUUCAAUCCAUAUCUUUGGUGAUGUGCCUUCCUCACCACUCGUUGGAGUCCUGCAGGAUCAUAUUAACGACUGGAGGAAGACAUCACUUUGUUUAACAUCCAUUUUCUUUCUUGCUGCUGUUAUAUGGUUCAUAGGAAUCUUUAUGAAAAGUGUUGACGUAUAUGACAAAGAUGAUGAGGAACGAUCUGCCACAUCUAGAAGAGGGAAACAGACACCAUUGAUUGAAGGGAACAGAGAUGCAUCGAGUGAAAUCUAAUUUCCCUUUCAGUAGUACUAAUACUGUGCUUCAAGUGUAUAUUAACUUCAAUUAUGAAAAGGGUAAAAGUCGGGUAGUAUCUUUACUACAACGAAUCAUGUGGUAAAGGGUGGACGAUGGUUUUGAUAAUGUCAUGUUAUCAGUACAAAAGGAUAUUGAACUUUACUUUAUGUUUGAAAAGAGUCUGUUUAUUCUUUCACGGGUCAAUAUGUUGCUCCUUGUAAAUUUGUAAUUAUCCAGUCUUGCCAUGAAAAAUAAACCAACGGAUAUUUUGUUCUA